AUAAACUAAUUAAAAAAAAAACAUUCCCGACUUGGAGUCGGAUAAAUAAAUAAAUCGUUCUACUUUAGAGGCGGCCAACAAUCAUGGUGCGCCGCCUCUUCACUUUGCUAGCCACGUUGCUAGCCUUGAGCUAUGGUUGCUAUGGGCAUGAUGCCUAUCAUGCUCUUACAAUGAACGAAAGAGAAGAAUGCGAAGACCCCGUAGGUUCAAGAACGGCGAGAACCAUUUACCAGAGCGUUGGAUAUGGAAGAUUAAAGGCUUUAAACACCCAGUUUAAUCCAAUUAAUUUCAGCUCAUACAGGGGUAAAGUCCUGAUGAUCAUCAAUGUUGCGACGUACUGAGGUUCAACAUACCAGUACCGUCAGCUUAAUGCACUGCAAACUAAAUAUGGAGAAAAUUUCCAAAUCCUCGCUUUUCCUUGCAACCAAUUUGGGCUUCAGGAACCAGGAGGAAAUCACGAAAUCCUAGCUGGUAUCAAGCAUGUCCGUCCUGGGUAUGGAUAUGUCCCAAACUUUCCUGUCUUCACAAAGAUUGAUGUAAACGGGAGAAAUGAACAUCCCAUUUAUAAAUAUUUAAAGUCCAAAUGUCCGCCUACACAAAGCGAUUAUUACACAAGUCGACUCCACUACGACCCCAUCCGGCCAAACGAUAUUGAGUGGAAUUUUCACAAAUUUCUGGUAGACAAACGAGGACACGUUAGAUUUACCUACAACCAUGGAAUACAUCCACAAGAUCGCAAAUUUAUCAGCGAUAUUGAAGCGUUAAUAAGAGAAUAAAGUGAAUUUUCAUCUACAUUGUUGUAGAACAGAGAUAAUUGUUGGUUCAUAAUCAUUCGUUUAUGCUAUUGUUGCUCAUUCAAAAUAUUGAAAAAGGGUAAAAAAAAAAUUGGACAAUAUUUUUUUAAUUUUCCCUAUAAUUAAACUAAAAAUAUGACCCAAAUAAUAUACGUAACCUAGAUGGAUCGUGCUCUUAUAUCACUCUGAGUUAUUGGACGAAUUCGACUCGAAAAUACAAUAUCAAACCUCUUCAGAAACUCUAUUUCCCCGAAGCCGUAGCCAAAUCAAAAAGCCUGGCACAUUCCACAAUUUCUUUCUCAAGUGUAAAAUUAACAAACAAUAAUCGACCCAGCGCAUUUGCCAGACUCCAAAAUGUAAUAUUUUACUUUUUCAUUUAUGCUUUUAAAUAUGAACUCUCCAUUUUUGUGUUUUAUCAAUUUUUCAAAGAAACCGUAUUUUUAUUUUCUCUGGCUGCACAAAUCGUUGUUACUUGAUGAAGGAAUCGAUGGAAACUUCUCUCGAGUGAUCGAUUCUUGAAAUAUCGGGUUCGUUCGUCUCUGAAAGGCAGGUUAAAACAAAAAUAAGAUCUCAGUGCAUUAAGGGCCUGUCUGGAAGAUAUGAACAACCGAUAGUAACAUGUUUUGUGUAAGAUUUUGAAGUAAAAAUACAAGUUGUUUAAAUGAUUAAAAAA